CUGGCGAGGGGUCACAGUUGAUCCCGAAAUUUCGAGGGUAGAGAUCAUCUGAAACGUGCUCCAAAAAAAAAAACCAUUACACAACAUUUUUAAAUAAACGAAAUUCAUUCUUGCAUUUACUCCGAAAUAAAUCAACACUAAAAUAAAUACACAAUAAUUGGAAUUAAUUUUUGAAAAAGUGAAUAUUAUAAAUUAGUGAGUGAUAGAUAGAAAUAUUUAAAUUUUCUAUCUGUUUGUGUAAUUUGAUAUUUGGUCCAACCAGGAAACAGGAAGAUAUUUAACACUUAGAAAAUAUUACAAAAAUAAAAACAACAAUGAAUUAUUUGUGUUUAUUAUUUGUCAUGUGUUGUGCAGGCCUGGUAAACUAUACCAUGGCUUUUGAUCUUGGUCCAUUGGUGAGAAUUGCACAGUGUAGAGUGCAGUGUAUUGAAAACCACAGUACAGACGGCACCUGCGAUUGGUAUGCAAAUCGUGCUGAAACACUAUGCAGUGAAUGCUGGCAAAAUUGCGAUACUCUUGAGACACAAUGGGAAUCUUCAAAAUCCAUGUGUGAUGAAGAAAAUUAUUUCCAUUGUCCAGCAUGUAAGAUACCAUGUCAUUAUCGUUUGUCUCGUAUUGAGGAAGAAGUCAUGCCAUCUAGUCUUCCAGCACCAAUGAGAGGACCAGUUAAAUUGAAUAAUCAAGAUAUUGCUAUUGUCCUGAGAAAAGUUGGAUCAACAUGGAAAGAAGAAGGUUUUUAUCCAAGCACAAAAAUACCAUCAUUAAGACAAGAUACAUGGAUAUUAGUUGUAGAAGAUGAAGGCUUAAAACAUUAUAGUUGGGAAGAAUGGACACCAAAACUUGAAUCAUUAAAAGAUGGAGCAUUUGUUGAAGCAACUUUAUCAUGGACAGAUGUUGAUGUACAAUUAAAAAAACAACGUGAAAUUGAACAAAAAAAAUUUAAUGAUCGUAUUAGACAAUUUUAUCUUGAAAAAUAUGGUGAAAAAGUAUUAUCUGAAAGAAAUGAUAAUAAAAAUACACCAAUAACUGAAGAAGUUGUACGUAGAUUUUUCUUUAAACGUGAUAAUUAUGAUAAUGAUGAUAAUGAUAAUACAAAACCAACAAAAACUGAUAGUGUAAGAACUGAUAAUGAUGAUGUAUUUGGUGAAAAAAAAUAUACUGAUAAAGAUGAAUCAUAUGUUGUAUCAUGGGAACCAGAAACUGGUGGUCUUAUGGGUAACCAAGUUGUUGAUACAACAUCAGCACAAAUAUCAUUAUUACCUGGUACAAAAUAUCUCGUAAGAAUUGCAUCAAAUGAUGGUCCAGGUAGUUAUCCAAUUGAAAUUGAUACACGACCAAGACCUGUUCUUCGUUGGCAGUAUCAACCAAAUUUUCAAGACAAUAUUAAUGAGUGGGCAAUUGUUGCAGGUUUUUUAUCAGCUCUAUUAGUAUUAAUUCUCAUUACAAUUAUAAGAACAGUAACAAAAAGAAAAACUGUAGAUGAUGUUAAUGAAGUUUAAAUAUAUAUUUGUGUUUUUCUUUUUUUGUUUUUACUUAUCUUUGUACUGAAUAUUUUCACAAAACACUUUGUACAGUUAGAUUUAAUAGAGUCAAUUUUGUAAAAAAGAUAAAAAAACAAGAUAAAAAAAAAUGUGAAAGAUUAAAACAGUCAAUUAAUGUCAAAUUAUUUUUUAAAAAUAUUUGCUCAAUGUCAAAGUUAACAGACUUUUGUUCAUAUAUUUGCGAUAAUAAUUGAAAUGAUGAUGAAAGAGGAGAAAAAAAAAAAAAAGUUGUAAUUAUUUGUAAAUAGUUUGAU